UUCCUCCAUGACAGACACGCCCCUAUGUUCAACGAACACGGCUCCAUACAUACCCUGUUGUUAGCGGCACGGACGAUUUCAUUUUUGGCUAUUCUAAUAGACAACUGGGAAAAAAAUCUCACAUCCUGCCACGGCCAUCUUCACGAACGUGUAGAGGUUUGCCCACCUUUAUCACUGGUGUGACACGUUGUUGCUGGAGGCAGACCUGCGAGCUCCUUUGAGUAUGUUUAUACAAUGAAGAGGCAUGUGGAGGACCAGGAACCAAUAUUUGCAGCCCAGCAACAGCAGCCAAAUCGUACCCCAGUCCAGGGCCUUGCAGAAAGCUUCCAACACAGAGCCCUCGCCCCAACCACUACUGUGAUAGAGGCGUCCUCAGACAACAUGCAGCCGUCUUCUGGCAUCCAGUAUUCUCUUCCACAGGGUUACCAGGUGCCUACAAUGCCUCAGAGCACAAGUGGACAUGGACUUAACAAUUCUGCCCAACAUGUUGGAGCACAUGCACAUAACAUAGCAGUCCAAUCGCAGGGUCCUUCACUAGUCCAAGGCCACGUGCAUUCAACUGCACCUGUGACUUCAGCCCAAGGACAGCAGCAGUUUCAGCGAUUGAAGGUUGAAGAUGCCUUGUCGUACCUGGAUCAAGUGAAGCUCCAGUUUGGAAAUCAGCCUCAAGUUUAUAAUGACUUCCUAGACAUUAUGAAAGAGUUUAAGUCACAGAGCAUAGACACUCCUGGUGUUAUCAGUCGUGUAUCCCAACUCUUCAAGGGCCACCCAGACCUCAUCAUGGGUUUUAAUACAUUCUUGCCACCUGGUUAUAAAAUUGAGGUUCAAACUAACGAUCUGGUCAACGUGACCACACCAGGCCAGAUUCACUACAUCACGCCUCAUGGUAUAUCUGUUCAAAACAUCCCAGUAAGUGGAACACCCAGCCAGCCUGUUAGCCAGCAUCAGCACCAGAGUGUGCCACAGGCCAGCUCGCACGCUGCUGCUGUCACGCCACCCGUCCCCACCCAGCCUGCAGUAAAUAAAAUCAACAAGGCGAUGCAGUCACCAGUCCACACCCCCACCAGCCAGCCAAACCCAUCCAUCCCAUCUUACGCCUCACCACGGUCACCUUCAGUUCAGUCCCACACUCCUGUGAGCAGCACACCAUCUGGUGGUCCACCACUUCAGAACAAUCAGCCUGUGGAAUUCAACCACGCAAUAAACUACGUCAACAAGAUCAAGAACCGCUUCCAGGGUCAGCCAGACAUUUACAAAGCCUUCCUGGAAAUUUUGCAUACAUACCAGAAAGAACAGAGGAAUGCCAAAGAGGCAGGAGGCAAUUACACUCCAGCUCUGACUGAGCAGGAAGUCUACACUCAAGUUGCAAGGCUCUUCAAGAACCAGGAAGACCUGCUCUCAGAAUUUGGACAGUUCCUGCCUGAUGCAAACAGCUCAGUACUGCUUGGAAAAACUGCACCUGACAGGGCAGAGUCGGUGCGUAAUGAUCAUGGUGGGACGGUCAAGAGACCCCUACCAAACAAUAAACAGAAAUUAAGCCACAAUGGGCUAACGGUCAAGAGACCCGGAACUGUGGGAGUUUCACCUCUUCUCAAGAAGAAACCCAAAAUAGUCGGCAAGGACCAUGGCCUAGCUGAAGUUGGCAAACACAGCACAAGCACCGAAACCAUGUUCUUUGAAAAGGUGAAGAAAGCGUUGAGGAGCUCUGAGGCGUAUGAAAGCUUCCUGCGGUGUUUAUACAUCUUCAACCAGGAGGUGAUUUCACGUGCAGAGUUGGUUCAGUUAGUUGUCCCAUUUCUUGGAAAAUUCCCCGAACUUUUUACAUGGUUUAAAAACUUCCUGGGCUACCGAGAAUCGAGCCAUGGUGAGUCGAGCCAUGCGGAGACUUUACCCAAGGAGCGGGCAACUGAGGGCAUUGCCAUGGAGAUUGACUAUGCUUCCUGCAAGAGGCUAGGCUCCAGCUACAGAGCGCUACCCAAGAGCUACAUGCAGCCUAAAUGCACAGGGAGAACCCCACUAUGUCGAGAGGUUCUGAAUGACACAUGGGUGUCGUUUCCAUCCUGGUCUGAAGAUUCUACUUUUGUAAGCUCCAAAAAGACUCAGUAUGAAGAGCACAUUUACAGAUGUGAGGAUGAGCGUUUUGAGCUUGAUGUUGUGUUGGAGACCAAUCUUGCCACGGUACGAGCCCUCGAGUCAGUCCAACAGAGGCUUUCACGAAUGUCGGCGGAGGAGCAGGUGCGCUUCAAGCUGGACAACACGUUGGGGGGCUCCUCAGAGGUCAUUCACCGCAAAGCUAUCCAGCGAAUAUACGGGGAAAGAGCGCACGACAUCAUUGAUGGUCUUAAGAAGAACCCAACUGUGACCGUCCCUAUAGUGCUAAAAAGGUUAAAAAUUAAAGAGGAAGAGUGGAGAGAAGCCCAGAGAGGCUUCAACAAAAUAUGGAGGGACCAGAAUGAAAAGUAUUAUCUGAAGUCCCUUGACCACCAAGGCAUCAACUUCAAACAGAAUGACACCAAAGUGUUUCGCUCAAAAACAUUGCUCAAUGAAAUUGAGCUGCUAUUUGACGAGCGUCAGGAGAGGGCAUCAGAAGAAACCACCACUCCUCCUCCUAGCGGCCCACACAUGAACCUGACGUAUGAUGAUAGUCAGAUCCUAGAAGAUGCUGCUGCCCUCAUUAUUCAUCAUGUCAAGAGACAAGUGGGGAUCCAGAAAGAUGACAAGUUCAAGAUCAAACAGAUCAUACACCACUUCAUCCCAGAUCUCCUUUUCACCCGGCGAGGUGAGCUCUCUGACGUUGAGGAGGAGGAAGCACAGGAUAUGGAUGUGGAUCAAGAUGGAUCGAAAAAGCACAACGGCCUGCCAGGCAGCAGCCCGUCCAAGUCAAAGCUCCUUUUCAGCAACACAGCAGCUCAGAAGCUGCGGGCCACAGAUGAGGCUUAUAACUUGUUUUUUGUGAACAACUACUGGUACAUCUUCCUUCGCCUCCAUCACAUUCUCUGCUCUCGUUUACUGCAAAUCUAUGGGCAGGCCGAGAAGCAGAUUGAGGAGGAUACCCGCGAGAGAGAAUGGGAAAAAGAAAUGUUUGGGCUCCAAAAAGAGAAGAAUGAGAAUCCGGCAUUCCAACUUAAGAUGAGGGAGCCUAUGGAUGUUGAUGUAGAGGACUACUACUCUGUCUUUCUGGAAAUGGUGCGGAGCCUUCUGGAUGGAAACAUGGAACCAGCUCAGUAUGAGGAUUCCUUGAGGGAAAUGUUUACUAUCCAUGCCUACAUUGCCUUCACCAUGGAUAAACUCAUUCAGAGUAUUGUCCGACAGCUUCAGCACCUUGUCACUGAUGACUCAUGUGCCCGUGUAAUGGACUUGUACCUGAGUGAAAUGGCUAAUAAAGCCACAGGGGGCACCCUGCCCACACAGGCAUCCCGAGCCACAGCUGAGGGGACCUACCAGCGGAAAGCAGAGCAUCUCAUGUCUGAUGAGAACUGCUUCAAGUUGAUGUUUAUGAAGAACCAAGACACUGUUUGUCUCACCAUGGAGCUUCUGGACACAGAGGAGGAGAACUCUGACGAGCCAGCAGAGAGGUGGUCGGAUGUGGGCAGGUACCUGAACUCUGAUUCGGCAUCUCCAGAGCUGCGUGAGCAUUUGGCCCAGAAGCCAGUGUUCCUUCCCAGGAACUUGAGAAGAAUAAGGAAGUGCCAGAGAGGAUGGGAGCAGCUGCAACAGGAGAGGAUGACCACGGGCCCCUCCGACCCAGAGUUACAAGGCGACAAGAGCCACAUAAAGAUGGAGUGCAUGUUCAAGCUCAAUUCCUACAAGGUGUAUGUCUGCAAGUCGGAGGACUUCAUGUACAGACACACUGCACUCACACGGGCUCAUCAGUCCCACCAGCGGGUCCACAGACGCCUGCACAGACGCUUCCAGGCCUGGUUGGACACCUGGGCCAAAGAGCAUGUGACAAGCGACAUGGCUGCCGACAGCCGCAGGUGGCUGAUGGGAGACGGACAAGACGGCCUAGUGCCCUGUACUACCACCUGCAGCCUGGAGGUCCUCCAUUAUCUCAAUGUUAACAAGUACAGGGUCAAGUACAGAACACAGUAGCCUAUGAUCCUGUCAGCAACCACGUGGUAAGACUGACUGGGGACGCUCCGACGGAUCUUUGUUCUUUACCCUUCCGCUACUGGAUUCAUUUGCCAACUUUGGGGCGCUCCUUCUGCCGCUCAAGGUUCUGCAAAUGCAGGUAAAUCCUCUGUAAAUUUCACAAUUGUGUCCAUGCUGCAAAAUCAGGUUUUUUUUCAUGCCACAGUAAUGAGAAUGAGAGGGGUGUUGUUCUAUCGCAGUUUGUGCAGAACACGUGCAUAAAUGUCUGUAUAGCUAUGGCUAGCGUAACUCUUUAACAGUCUGGGGAGCAAAGCAGCUUGUGAAUGGCUUUCUUACAGGUAAAAAAAUUGCAUCCAAUCCCUUCUUUUAUAAAUGAUGUCGUUUCAAUGUUGUCAUUGAUGUGUAGCACACAGGAACAGUAUCGACAUUCAGCUCGCUACGAAGGAUGCAAAAUGUUUUUUUUUAUUUUUAUUUUUUUUUACUAAUGGGGGGUGGCUUAGGAACCUUUUUGUGUUAGUGGUCUGUUACUCUCAAGUGGGUCAUUUAGCAGAUAUUUAGUAUUUUAUACGCCUUUCUUUGGCAUCACUGUGGCUUGCGUUUUAAAACAACUGACUGAAGCCAAACGGCACUGAUGCCUCCCGUCUUUUUACAGACUGAAACGUUGUAUUUACAUUUGUCAGAAGGAUCACAAUUUGUGUGGCAAAUUUGUUCUGUGUUUCACCUGUGAAACCUGCAUAUGAAUGUGUGUUUUCCCAUGAUAGUGCUGAUGCCUCCACUGACGCAUGUAUAUAGUAGUUCAGUGUCAGCUUUGUACAGUUUUUGGGUCAACCAAGUCAGUCAGCAAUACUUCUUCCCCAUUGUGAAUGUUGAUUCCCCUUGAAAGGGGGUUGCCGGUAAAAGAGAAUGUUUCAUGGUCUGAAGGGUGGCUAUCCUGAAAUGCAAAUAUUGAUGUAGAGAUUGUAGCUAAUGUAGAAUAAGACAAGACCAGUAGGUUUUUUUGACUAUGACUCCAACUUCCAUGUGCCACAUGCAGACGUGAGGAAAUGACUUCAGACAUUUCACACCAAUGGAUCAUAAGACAAGCAACCGCGCCAAAGCAAAGAUUGGCAACAUUCUCGGGACGCUGCUUCCUUACAGGAACUUUUAAAUGUGCUGAUUACCGAAACCAGCUCCAGACAAUCUUGCAGUUUGGUUUUUACUGUACACCAAUACAUUGUUUCAUUCUUCUUUUACUGUCUAUUCUCUUCACUUCUCUGAUGUACAUGUGCGUUAGUCUGGUGUUUGCUAUUAAACUAUCCUUUAUAGACACAGA